CCUUGAACUGAUUCACUGAAAAGAUCCGAAUAAAAAGACUCGAUUAGCGCUGCGCUUGUUUCACUACGGACUCUUAGACUCGCGGACACAAAACAACCGUAUCCUACACACAAACAACAGAUAUAUAUCGUAACAUUACCCUUAUUUUUAAUAUACAACUAUGAGCUCGUCGUCGACUGCAGUGCUGCUGGAAGCGAUCGACUUCGCUGCAGAGAAACAUCGCAAUCAGCGCCGAAAAGACCCCGAUGCCACACCAUACAUAAAUCACCCCAUAGGCGUGGCAAGGAUUUUAAGUCACGAGGGUGGAAUUACAGAUAUUGAAGUUUUGCAAGCUGCAUUGCUUCAUGACACCGUUGAGGACACUGACACAACAAUCGAUGAGCUGGAGGCUGUGUUUGGACCGACCGUGGCGAGAAUCGUCCAGGAGGUUACAGAUGACAAGACUUUACCAAAAGAGGAGAGAAAGCGGCUGCAGGUGGAGCACGCGCCGCACCGCAGCCAUCAGGCCAAACUAGUCAAACUAGCUGACAAGUUGUAUAACUUGCGGGACCUCAAUCGCUGCACUCCCACAGGCUGGACGGCAGAAAGGGUUCAGGAAUACUUCGUGUGGGCGUCUCGGGUGAUAAAAGGGCUCCGCGGCACCAACGCAGCACUCGAGGAGAAACUGCAGCAGCUCUUUUUGGAGAGAGGAGUGCAGCUGUGAUGAAAUUAAAUGAUGGUGUUUUUUUUUGUUUUUUUUUUGGUAACUGAUCAACAUGGAAUGUUCUUUACACUAAAGGGCCAGUUCAGGCCACCCGAAAGUCGUCCCAAACCUAUUUUGACUUUCUUUCUUCUGUGGGACACAAGAGGAGGUGUUGAUGAAGAUUUCCUCUACAUUUUCUUUGGUGUUUCGCUUAAUAAAGUCAUACAGAACAACAUCAGGGCGGGUGAACGACGGAUGAAUUUGAAUUUUGAGUCCGCUUUAUUAUUAAGGUUUUUUUAAUUGCAUAAUUGUAUUUAAUAAUAUGAAGAUGCAAAUAAAGCUUUGUUAAAUGGGA